ACGACAUCAGCUAAAGAAAUACCCAGCAAGUACAAAAUCUGAAACAGGGAGCUGCUUUUGAGCAGAGGGGAAAUUUAUUUCAUCCUGGUUUUAAGGGCGCUGAGAGAAGAAAUCUUAUUUUUGAAUCUAUUCCUGUUUUGUAAGAUUAUUUACUUGAUAGCUCAAGAAACCGAGAUAUUGGAACGGAACAUGUCAACAGCAUUUCCAGGACUUGUCCACGAUGCGGAGAUACGUCACGACGGAUCAAAUAGCUACCGUUUGAUGCAGCUUGGGUGCCUGGAAUCCGUGGCCAACUCGUCUGUCGCUUAUUCCUCGACGUCUCCACUAACUUACUCCACCACGGGCACAGAGUUUGCUUCCCCGUAUUUUUCCGCUAAUCACCAGUAUACACCACUUCAUCACCAGUCUUUCCACUAUGAGUUCCAACACAGUCACCCGGCUGUUAACCCAGAUGCCUACUCACUGAACAGUCUUCACCAUUCCCAACAGUACUACCAGCAAAUCCACCAUGGGGAACCUGCAGAUUUUAUUAAUAUCCAUAACGCCCGAGCAUUAAAAUCCUCAUGUCUAGAUGAGCAGAGGAGAGAGUUAGGGUGUCUGGAUGCCUACCGCCGACACGAUCUGACUCUAAUGAGUCACGGGUCUCAGUAUGGCAUACACCCAGAUCAGAGACUCUUGCCCGGAUCCAGUUUGGGGCUGCCACCAACGGGAGCCGAAGACCUGCAGGGAUCUGUGGAAGCUCAAUGUGGGUUAGUCUUAAAUAGUCAAGCUGGAGUUAUACGCAGAGGAGGAACCUGUGUAGUAAAUCCAACUGAUUUGUUCUGCUCGGUGCCUGGACGUUUAUCCCUACUCAGUUCAACUUCAAAAUAUAAAGUAACGAUUGCUGAAGUCAAGAGGCGUCUCUCUCCGCCAGAAUGCCUCAAUGCAUCUCUUUUGGGAGGGAUAUUGAGAAGAGCCAAAUCCAAAAAUGGAGGUCGCUGCUUAAGAGAAAAACUGGACAGACUGGGUCUAAAUUUACCAGCUGGAAGGAGGAAAGCAGCAAAUGUCACUCUGUUGACUUCCUUAGUAGAAGGUGAAGCUCUUCAUUUGGCUCGGGAUUUUGGUUACACUUGUGAAACAGAGUUUCCAACCAAGGCAGUGGGGGAGACUUUAGGCAGGCAGCACACUGAACAGAAGGAUCAGACAGCCCGGAAGAAAAUGAUAUUAGCGACCAAACAGAUUUGUAAAGAAUUUCAGGACUUGUUAAGCCAAGACAGGUCGCCACUUGGAUCUUCUAGACCAACCCCAAUCCUCGACCUCGAUAUACAGAGACACCUAACACAUUUUAGCCUGAUAACACAUGGAUUUGGAACACCGGCCAUUUGUGCUGCACUCAGCACCUUUCAAACUGUUUUAAGUGAAAUGCUAAACUACUUAGAAAAGCAUUCAACAAACAAAAACGGUGGCACACCAGACACCAACCAGAUUAAUUCCAACUCUGAAAAAACACCCUUCCGGAAAACAUCAGAAACGCAGUCCAAAGAUGGAAAGAAUGAAAAAACAGAGUAACACACCUGCCACAAACCAGCUGGUAACCUGCAGUUACAAGAGUUUCUAUGCUGCUGAAUAUUUUAUAGUUACUGGUGCAGUGGGACAAAAACUAGAGAAAGAUUGUAAAAUAUGUAAUAAUGUAAAGAAUCAGCUUUUUAUUUUACAUAACUAUCUUGUGAACUUUAUAUUUUAUUUGUAUUCUUAAUAUUUGAAACAUCUACAGUUCAAGUCUUAGAAUGGUUGUCAGAAUAGUUCUCCCUGAUCAUACCAAGAACUUUGAUAGGAGACAUUCUAAUAAUGUCACCCCACUAACAUGAAGAAAACUGCCCAAAGAAUGACUGGAACAGGAGGCUGGAGACAAAAACCUUCUGAUUUGCUGAUUUAAUUUACGAUAGAUCUUCAGCUCUGACAAGGUAAUAUUAAUCCACUGUUCUUUUAAAUAGAAAGUUAAAAGCCAAGAUCUUAACAAUAGAAUCCUCUUAAAUCAAAAAAUUAAAAAGAUACAGGAACUCUAUUCUCCCGUUAGGGUACAACAUACGCUUCUUUUGGGAUCAGAAAUUAUGUUGUUCAGAGCACUUAAAAGUUUUCUAUAUUCCAUUGGUUAACAUUUGGUGCCUUAUUUGGUUCAACACUGAACCAAUAUCUACGGUCCCUUCACUGAACCUUUCCAUGAUUACCAGUGACUUUUUUUGAGUGCCAUGUUUUUACCACAUAUUAAGGAAAUCUGAAAUCUUCAGAAAAGUUCUCUAUAGAACCCUUGUAAUGAAAUCUUCUAAAACAUUCAAGGACCUUUGUUGUCAAUGAACCUCAGAAAAACAGAAAAAAAACUAUUCAUUUGAAUACUAGAGGGAACAAAAUGUAUAGUAUCUUACCACAGCAAAUUGCUACUGUUUUACAAAAUAUAUGUUGCUCCUCGCUAUAUUUUCUAAGAUACAAUGAGCUAUUUACACUAAUGCACGUUUAGUUUAUCCAGCAAUUAUUCAGUCAUUUGUGAAUAAAGAACAUGUUUAUUGUGGAUUUAAAAACAUAUUUAUUUAUGUAUUUAUUUAUUUAUUUAUGUAUAUAUUUUCCAUUCAUUUGUAAAGAAUAGGGUUAGUUAUUGUGCAUUUGCUUUUGGAAUAAAAAGCAUCCAUCCUUGUAGGCAUUUAUACCUAAUAUUAAAUGGCAGGCCUAUAUUUGAACUGCGAUAUAUGUUUCCCAUAGUAUUACUAUUGCAUAGGCAAAGAGGGUCAAUAAAUAACAUCUAUACGAAAACAUCAACUGGUUUAAAAAUUAAAGGAUGUCAAUAUUUAGACUUACAGUUGUAGAGAUCAUAAAUGGG